UAUACGGCCACACUUUUCGGCAAUCUUUGUAAAAAAAAUUACUUUGUUUACCAUCCGCCGCCGGCGACUUGUGUAUAAACAAUGGCAGACGCGUGGGACAUAAAAUCAUUGAAGACGAAAAGAAACACUCUCCGCGAGAAGCUGGAGAAGCGCAAAAAGGAGCGCAUCGAGAUCCUAUCGGACAUACAAGAGGAUCUGACGAAUCCCAAAAAGGAACUCGUUGAGGCCGACCUGGAGGUGCAGAAGGAGGUGCUGCAGACGCUCAGUUCCUUGUCCCUAGCCCUGCCCAUCGUGUCCACGCAGGUGGUGGAGAAGAUUGCGGGCAGCAGCCUGGAAAUGGUCAACUUCAUACUCGGCAAACUGGCCAACCAGGGAGCCAUUGUGAUCCGGAACGUGACCAUCGGCACCGAGGCCGGCUGCGAGAUAAUAUCAGUGCAGCCCAAGGAGCUAAAAGAGAUCUUGGAGGACACCAAUGACACAUGUCAACAAAAGGAAGAGGAAGCCAAAAGGAAAUUGGAAGUCGAAGAUGGAGAUCAGCCGCAGGAAAAAAGUCUGAAACUAGACUCCAGUGCCGCGCGUAAGGAAUCCACGAGCCUGGACGCCUCCGACGACAUCAUGAUGCUGCUCUCCAUGCCCUCCACCCGCGAGAAGCAGAGCAAGCAGGUGGGCGAGGAGAUCCUGGAGCUCCUUACCAAGCCCACGGCCAAGGAGCGCUCUGUGGCGGAGAAAUUCAAAUCCCACGGCGGAGCGCAAGUCAUGGAGUUCUGCUCCCAUGGUACCAAGGUGGAGUGCCUAAAAGCCCAGCAAGCCACUGCUGAGAUGGCAGCCAAAAAGAAGCAGGAACGAAGGGAUGAAAAAGAACUACGCACUGAUGGGGAGGCGGUCGAAAGCAGCAGCGGAAAGCUUUCAAAGACAGUAGACUCCACAGCCGAAGAUGGCGAGAUCAUCGCGGAGAGCCUAAACAACUGCGAGGCCGAGUCCCAGGAGUCUACCGAUGGCAGCGACACCUGCGGGAGCGAGACAACGGACAAAUGCACUAAACUGCACUUCAAGAAGAUCAUUCAGGCGCACACUGACGAGUCGCUGGGGGACUGCAGCUUCCUGAACACCUGCUUUCACAUGGCCACCUGCAAAUACGUGCACUACGAGGUGGACACACUGCCGCAUAUCAACACCAACAAACCUACGGAUGUAAAGACCAAGUUGAGCCUCAAACGCAGUGUCGAUUCCAGUUGCACGCUCUAUCCGCCACAGUGGAUUCAGUGCGAUCUGCGGUUCCUGGACAUGACGGUGCUGGGCAAGUUUGCGGUGGUGAUGGCCGAUCCUCCCUGGGAUAUCCACAUGGAGCUGCCCUACGGAACGAUGUCGGACGAUGAAAUGAGAGCUUUGGGUGUGCCGGCUUUACAAGACGAUGGCCUCAUCUUCCUGUGGGUCACAGGGCGGGCUAUGGAACUGGGCCGCGACUGCCUCAAGCUGUGGGGCUACGAACGCGUAGACGAGCUUAUCUGGGUGAAGACUAACCAGCUCCAACGGAUCAUUCGUACCGGACGCACGGGUCACUGGCUGAACCACGGCAAAGAGCACUGCCUGGUGGGCAUGAAGGGCAAUCCCACCAAUCUCAACCGAGGACUGGACUGCGACGUUAUCGUGGCAGAGGUGCGGGCCACCUCGCACAAGCCGGACGAGAUCUACGGCAUCAUCGAGCGCCUCAGUCCGGGUACCCGCAAAAUCGAGCUUUUCGGGCGGCCCCACAACAUCCAGCCCAACUGGAUAACCCUGGGAAACCAGCUGGAUGGUAUUCGGCUGGUAGAUCCAGAGCUCAUCACGCAGUUCCAAAAGCGCUAUCCUGAUGGCAAUUGCAUGUCGCCAGCAGCUGCCAAUGCAGCAGCCAUCAAUGGCAUACAAAAGUAGGAUUAAAAUAGUAUUUUCUAUAUGUAUUUGAGACCUCGACAAGCAUGAGUUCUCUACAGACUCGUUUAUAAUAAGAUAAAUUAUUAUU